CCUCUCCGCAGUGCCGAUGCGGCUCGGACUGAUAUCUGCAUAGAUUUCAGGUACACAAUGUCCUCCAUCUCAAGAAAAGCCUGAUCCCAACAGGCCAACAGCACUGGACUGUGCCUCUGUCCCUCUGUCCCUCUCCUCACCUGGCCAACCAUCAGCACAGCCAUGACAUCCCUCACGACGAUAUGGACCUAUUUUUCUGUAUGCUGCUUCCUGUUUAGUUUGGUGCUUCCUGUGACAUCACAAACAGUGGUGCAAGCCGCACAGACUCAUAGUGCUGGUUCCCAAGUGAUCACAGCAUUGCUCCAAGAGGAGGGGUAUGCAUCAUUUCAUGCUGAGAAAUCUGAGUGGACAUUUAACCACCUUGCUGUGGACUAUCGCAAUGGCAAUGUUUAUUUGGGAGCUGUCAAUCGCAUAUACAAACUGUCUCCAAGCUUGGAAGUCCAAGUGUCCCAUGAGACUGGUCCAGAUGAAGACAACCGCAAGUGCUACCCACCUCGUAUUGUACAGCCCUGCAGUGAGCCACUGACACUCACUAACAAUGUCAACAAAAUGCUUUUGAUGGACUAUAGGGAGAAUCGGCUGUUGGCUUGUGGCAGCCUCUACCAGGGCAUCUGCAAACUCCUUCGCCUGGAUGACCUCUUCAAACUAGGAGAGCCCUUCCACAAGAAAGAGCACUAUCUCUCUGGUGUAAAUGAGAGUGGUUCUGUUUUUGGUGUAAUUGUUUCUUAUGGUAAUGCCUCUCCUGACAUGCUGUUUGUAGCCACAGCCGUCGAUGGCAAACCAGAGUACUUCCCUACUAUCUCGAGCCGAAAGUUGGCCAGAAACUCAGAAGAGGAUGGCAUGUUUGCCUAUGUCUUCCAUGACGAGUUUGUGGCCUCUAUGAUUAAAAUCCCCUCAGAUACCUUCACAGUCAUCCCUGACUUUGACAUAUACUACAUUUAUGGCUUUGCCAGUGGGAACUUUGUCUACUUUUUGACCUUACAGCCUGAAAUGGGAGGUGGACCAACAACUGGAUCCUCUUCUGCUGGUCGAGAACAGGUUUACACUUCAAAGAUUGUUCGCCUGUGCAAGGCAGACACCGCAUUCAACUCCUAUGUUGAGGUCCCUAUUGGGUGCAUUAGUGGAAAUGUGGAGUACCGAUUACUCGAAGCAGCCUACCUGUCAAAAGCUGGUGCUAUCUUAGCGCCAUCACUGGACGUAGCACCGGAUGAUGAUGUGCUGUUUGCUGUCUUCUCAAAAGGUCAGAAAAGACGUCCACGGCAGGCCUCUCAGGACUCUGCCCUGUGUGUUUUCUCUCUUCGAAAGAUCAAUGAGAAAAUCAAGGAGCGACUGCAGUCCUGCUACAAGGGAGAAGGCACGCUGGACCUGGCCUGGCUGAAAGUCAAAGAUAUUCCCUGCAGCAGUGCGCUCUUGACCAUCGAUGAUGACUUUUGUGGCCUCGACAUGAAUGCACCGCUGGGCGUGUCUGAGAUGGUGCGUGGCAAACCUCUCUUCUCUGAUGCUGUUGACAAAAUGACGUCCGUCAUCGGGUAUGUCUACAAGAACCAUUCGCUGGUCUUUGUGGGCACAAAAAGUGGAAAACUCAAGAAGGACGUGCUGUCCCACUCCAGCUCUCUCCCUGAGGCCUCUGCCCUCUCCCAUGGUGGCUAUAGUCAGCAGGGAGUGAAGGAGAGUGAAAAGAGAGGCUGUGCCAGCAGGCAGUGUUAUUCCCCGCAGGGAGUUCUGAUUAAUGAAUCACAUCUUUCUAACCUGAGGCUGGUGCUGUGCUGCUGUGUUUUAACAACGCUGCAGAGCACCAGUCAGCUCUGUGCCAGCCUGCUUCACUGGCACAACAUGGGCACAGGAGAUGGGUGCCGUUACUGCUACCUGAGAGUUGGCACAUUUGCAUUAUGGGCAGAUGAGAUGUGUAGCGGUGGAAAUGCCACAUGUCCCAGCGUGGUGUCAUGUGCUGGUGUGAUCACUCCUUUCUUGGUGGAGAGGCAGUGGAACAGCAGGCUGGACAGCUGGAGGAAGGGGUGA